CUAUCAGUUGGUGGACGAGUGAGUCAGGAGUUAAAUUACACACGGCAGAAGAUUGGAGAAGAGGCCAUGUUCAACCCCCAGCUCAUGAUCCAGACUCCACAGGAAGAUGGUGCUAAUGUACUAACAACAGAAGCACUACGACAGCACCUUGACUCUGCACUUCAGGCCAGCAGAGUACAUGUCUAUAUGUACAACAGACAAUGGAAAUUGGAACAUUUGUGUUACAAAUCAGGAGAACUCAUCACAGAAGCAGGUUACAUGGACCAGAUUAUAGAAUAUCUUUAUCCUUGCUUAAUUAUCACUCCUUUGGACUGCUUCUGGGAGGGAGCAAAGCUACAGUCAGGAACUGCCUAUCUUUUAGGGAAGCCUCCUUUGCAGUGGAUCAACUUUGACCCCUUAGAAUUCUUGGAAGAGUUAAAGAAAAUAAACUACCAAGUGGAGAGCUGGGAAGAAAUGCUGAAUAAAGCGGAGGUUGGUCAUGGUUAUAUGGAUCGACCCUGCCUGAAUCCUGCUGAUCCUGAUUGCCCAAUCACAGCUCCCAAUAAAAAUUCCACCAAACCUCUUGAUGUAGCCCUUGUUUUGAGUGGUGGAUGCUAUGGACUGUCAAGAAAAUACAUGCAUUGGCAGGAGGAGCUGAUUAUAGGUGGCACCGUCAAGAACGGUUCUGGCAAACUUGUCAGUGCACAGGCUUUGCAAACCAUGUUUCAGUUAAUGACUCCUAAGCAAAUGUAUGAGCACUUCAAGGGGUAUGAAUAUGUUUCACAUAUCAACUGGAACGAGGAUAAGGCAGCAGCAAUUCUGGAAGCCUGGCAGAGGAUGUAUGUUGAGGUGGUUCAUCAAAGUGUUGCACAAAACUCUACUCAGAAGGUGCUCUCCUUUACUACGACCACCCUGGAUGACAUCCUAAAGUCAUUUUCUGAUGUCAGUGUUAUCAGAGUAGCUAGUGGCUACUCACUUUAGCUUGCCUACGCCUGUUUAACGAUGCUGCGGUGGGACUGUGCCAAGUCUCAGGGUGCCGUGGGGCUGGCAGGAGUCUUGUUGGUUGCACUCUCUGUGGCUGCAGGAUUGGGCCUGUGCUCAUUGAUUGGAAUUUCCUUUAAUGCUGCCACAACUCAGGUUUUGCCUUUUCUUGCUCUUGGAGUUGGUGUUGAUGAUGUUUUCCUUCUGGCACAUGCCUUUAGCGAAACAGGACAGAAUAAGAGAAUUCCGUUUGAGGACAGAACAGGUGAAUGUUUGAAGAGAACAGGAGCCAGUGUAGCCCUGACAUCUAUCAGCAAUGUUACUGCUUUCUUUAUGGCUGCCUUAAUCCCUAUUCCUGCUUUACGAGCAUUUUCACUCCAAGCAGCAGUUGUGGUGGUAUUCAACUUUGCUAUGGUUCUGCUGAUUUUCCCUGCUAUCCUGAGUAUGGACCUUUAUCGUCGAGAAGACAGAAGACUGGAUAUAUUCUGCUGUUUUACAAGUCCGUGUGUCACUAGAGUGAUUCAGAUCGAGCCGCAGGCCUAUGCGGAGAACGACAACACUUGCUACAGUCCUCCACCCCCGUACAGCAGUCACAGCUUUGCACAUGAAACUCAGAUUACAAUGCAGUCCACAGUGCAGCUGCGCACAGAGUACGAUCCUCAUACGCAGGUGUACUACACCACAGCAGAGCCUCGCUCAGAAAUAUCUGUGCAGCCAGUGACAGUGACGCAAGAUAACCUGACCUGCCAGAGCCCAGAAAGCACAAGCUCGACGAGGGAUUUGCUUUCCCAAUUCUCAGACUCAAGUAUUCACUGCCUUGAGCCACCCUGUACGAAGUGGACACUCUCAUCUUUUGCGGAAAAGCAUUAUGCUCCAUUUCUCCUGAAACCAAAAGCAAAGAUCGUGGUUAUUUUUCUUUUUCUGGGUUUACUUGGGCUCAGCCUUUAUGGAACUACCCGGGUGAGAGAUGGACUAGAUCUCACAGACAUUGUACCACGGGAAACACGGGAAUAUGACUUUAUUGCCGCACAGUUCAAGUAUUUUUCAUUCUACAACAUGUAUAUUGUGACACAGAAAGCAGACUACCCAAAUGUCCAGCACUUACUGUACGAACUUCACAGAAGUUUCAGCAAUGUGACAUACGUUUUGUUGGAAGAGGAUAGGCAGCUUCCCAAAAUGUGGUUGCACUACUUUCGAGACUGGCUGCAAGGACUUCAGGAUGCUUUUGACAGUGACUGGGAAACUGGGAAGAUCACUUACAACAACUAUAAAAAUGGAUCUGAUGAUGCUGUUUUGGCUUACAAACUCCUGGUACAAACAGGCAACCGUGCAAAGCCCAUUGACAUCAGCCAGUUGACUAAACAGCGUCUGGUGGAUGCAGAUGGAAUCAUUAACCCAAAUGCUUUCUACAUCUACCUGACAGCCUGGGUUAGCAAUGACCCUGUGGCCUAUGCUGCCUCGCAGGCCAACAUCCGCCCUCACCGCCCGGAGUGGGUCCAUGACAAAGCAGACUACAUGCCAGAAACACGGCUGAGAACAGCUGAGCCCAUAGAAUAUGCUCAGUUUCCUUUCUACCUCAAUGGAUUGCGUGAAACUUCUGACUUCGUGGAGGCUAUUGAGAAAGUGAGAGCUAUCUGUAGCAACUACACCAGCCUGGGGAUAGCAAGCUACCCGAAUGGUUACCCCUUUCUGUUUUGGGAGCAGUACAUUGGACUUCGUCACUGGCUGCUCUUAUCCAUUAGUGUGGUUUUGGCUUGCACGUUUCUGGUGUGUGCCCUCUUCCUCCUAAACCCCUGGACAGCUGGGAUCAUUGUGGUGGUGCUGGCUCUGAUGACUGUGGAGCUGUUUGGCAUGAUGGGUCUAAUUGGAAUAAAGCUAAGUGCAGUGCCUGUGGUUAUCCUGAUUGCUUCUGUUGGCAUCGGCGUGGAAUUCACUGUUCAUGUUGCUUUGGCAUUUUUAACUGCCAUAGGAGACAGGAACCAUAGGGCUGUCCUUGCUCUGGAACACAUGUUUGCGCCAGUGUUGGAUGGGGCUGUGUCCACUCUGCUUGGGGUGUUAAUGCUCGCAGGAUCAGAGUUUGAUUUUAUUGUCAGGUAUUUCUUUGCUGUUUUGGCAAUCUUAACCAUUCUGGGAGUUCUCAAUGGAUUGGUGCUGCUUCCUGUUCUUCUUUCAUUCUUUGGACCAUACCCUGAGGUUUCUCCAGCCAACGGACAUAACAGAUUGCCCACACCAUCUCCUGAGCCGCCGCCCAGCAUCGUGAGGUUUGCACUCCCACCUGGGCACACGAACAACGCUUCGGAUUCCUCUGAUUCAGAGUACAGCUCGCAAACCACGGUGUCUGGCAUCAGUGAAGAGCUUCAUCAGUAUGAGGCCAACCAGGGGUCCGGGGCACCGGUCCAUCAAGUUAUAGUGGUUCAGCCAGAAGCCAGGCACCAGUCGAGCCCCAGGGCGCAGCUGAGUCCGGAGUGCAGCGCGCCGCAGGCUUGGCGUCAGGGCAGACAGCCCAAACGGGACGCGAGGGAAGGGCUGCGACCACCUCCUUACCGCCCUCGCAGGGAUGCUUUUGAGAUUUCUACUGAGGGGCAUUCUGGACCCAGCACUAGGGAUCGCUUGGGCCACAAGGCUAACGCUCACAGCGUGAGGAGCCCCGUGUUCGGUGCCGCGGGCCCAGCCUACUGCCAGCCUAUCACUACUGUGACUGCCUCGGCCUCAGUGACUGUUGCUGUCCACCCUGCAGUGCACGGCCACAGCUCUCGGGGAGGGAGCUUUCCGUCCUCUGAGGGACACCAUGAAGCUGACCAAGGGCUGUUUGAGGACCCCCACGUGCCUUACAAUGUGCGGUGUGAAAGAAGAAAUUCUAAAGUAGAAGUUAUAGAACUGCAAGAUGUUGAAUGUGAGGAAAGGAUAUCUGGCAACAGCUCACAGUAA